AUGUAGGCUAUACUUGACACUUUGAGUACUUCGACAGCCGUGUUCAAAUUGUUCAAUAGUAACUAUGACAAAAUACAUGUAUUGUAUUUUGUCAUGAUAGUAACUGCAUUUUAAAUUAAUAACUAAUACUUAUUUACCUAACUGUAAUAUUAUAGUCUAUAAUAUAAUGUGCCGAACAAAUCCGAAAUGUUGAAUUAAUAUACAUGUUAAAUAUUAUAUUAUUCAAUUUUAUAAUUGUGUAUCGGGUAUCGCGUAAUCUAUAGAUUAUAAACUACGAAUGGAGUAUGGGCCACAGUCCCGAUAAUUUGAAGCAUAAACUAUUGACUUAUUAACGACAAGCCAAAAUGACUUAAACUGUACACACGCGCAAUCGCCGCAAUCUCAACCGUCGCAUAUUUAUCCAAUUUCAAGUGUAAAUACGCGACGAUUAUACUCGCACAUGCGUAGAUAGCGCGUCUCAUCCAAAUGUCCGUCGCUUAUAAAAAUAUGUGUAUUUGUAUUUCAUUGUGCUAAUUGUGCUUCAAAAGUUAAAGUUACAUUGUUAAUACUGGCAAGAUGACUCCAUACACCAUUGUCUAUACAUGUGUUUCUACAUAUUAAAUAUAUAACAAAAUACAAAUUGAAUAUUGUAUUAAUUUGGAGAAUAAGACCGGACAAUUAAAAUGGAACGUGAUCCCAAUAAAAGAAAAGUCAAACCUCCUGCUAACCCGGAAUUGGUACAUUUAGAUGAUAUAGAUGGUGAAAGUUCUUCUGAUAGUGAUUUCCGUAUUGAAGAUCACUGUGUUAAUAGUGAAUCAGAUUCUGAUAGAGCUUCAUAUUUGACAUUUACUGAUGAUGAUGAUAAUCAAGAAGAAGUUGAAAAAGAUGAUGAAGAUGAUAUUAGAUGUAGUGAUAGUAAUAUGACCACUGAUGUCACAAGUAUCGUUACACACAAUCAAGAUAAUUCUAUAAAAGUAAAUUUAAAAGAAAUAGUAGAUAAUAUUCAUAUUUGUAGUAUUUGCUUAGGCGAUGCUAGUGAUGAUGUCAACGAAUUAAUAGAUUGUGAUGAAUGUGGUAUAUCAGUUCAUGAAGGUUGUUAUGGUGUUCAUGAUUCCGGAAGUGUUAGUUCAUCUGUUUCAUCAUGUUCCAUGGAACCAUGGUUUUGUGAAGCUUGUAAAGCAGGCAUAGAAAAUCCUACUUGUGAAUUAUGUCCUAAUUUUGGUGGAAUAUUUAAAGAGACAGAUUGUGGAAAAUGGGUACAUUUAGUAUGUGCUCUAUAUGUACCUGGUAUAACUUUUGGUGAAGUCACAAGUCUCAGUAGAGUUAUGUUAUUCGCAAAUACUACACCUCGGUGGGGUAAUAAACGAUGCAGUUUGUGUAAAGAUAUGAGAUUUAGUUGUACUGGUGUGACUAUUGGAUGUGAUGCUGGGAUGUGCAGAUCUAAUUUCCAUGUUACUUGUGCUCAACAAGAAGGUAGUUUAUCAGAAGCAACAAGUCCAGAAACUGAUCAAACAGAUCCAUUUUAUGCUCAUUGCAAGUUGCAUGUAGACAAACUAGUAGCAAAGAAAAGAAAAAGAAAUUGGGAAAUACUUCAAUUAAGAACAAAGCAAAUGAAAUUAUUGCGUGAACAACAGUCUUCUGAAAAAUCAGCUACAUGGCAACGUAAUCAACGAAGGCUUGAAAAAUUACGAUCUAAGUAUUAUGAAACGAAAAAAAUCAGUAUAACUGAGUCAACAUUUAAGUCCAAAGUUCCUCGUCCCAUUACAACCUCAGCUUCAGCAUGUCGAGCCCUUUGGUUAAAAGCUGGCUUAAUGGGUGUAAAUAUGGCUUCCUGUGAGGCUAUUGAAGGACAAAUAAAAGCAUUGCGCGAUGUACCAAAAAAAUGGAAUGUACCUACUACAUUUAGUUUGGAAUUUGUAAGUUACUUCAUGGAUAGAAAUUUAAGAUUGACAGAUUUGAAAAAUCAGCUUAAACAUUUUACUGACCAAAAUAUCAAACUUCAUGAUGAACAAAUAAUUGUACAAAAAAAAUAUGAUCAAGAGUCCAAAAACAAUGAGAUUCAAAAACAAAAACAUUUAGAACUUAAAAAUAUUAUUACGGCAUACCAUACUGUCAUUAAUAUGUGCAAUCCUAAUGCUAAUAUUUUAGAUGUAGAUAUACUUACUAGAGAAGUUCAAAAUGAUCAUAAUUCUUUUAUAAUAAACAGUUCAACUCCUACUCCUGCUGUCUUAAAAGCAGGUCUUGGAAUAUCAAUCAGAAAUAAUGAUAAUUUAGAAAUUACAGAUAAUGUGGCACCACUAGGUUUGUACAAUAAAUGUGGUAUUUGUAGUCGUACAAAUGAUCAACACUUGUUGGCAAAAUGUGAUACAUGUUAUUUAUACUACCAUUUGGGUUGUUUAAAUCCACCACUGACUAGAAUGCCUAAGAAAACCAAAUUAUUUGGAUGGCAAUGCAGUGAAUGUGACAAUAGUAAUUCUAACUCUGAACCAGAAACAGUUGAUCCAAAUGCUCCUAGAAAAUUAAGAUAUGGUGGUAGAGAGCGAUCUAUGUCAGACAGUCAUAGGUCUUCAUCCAUUGUUAAUGAUUUACAGGAUUUCAAUAGUCUUACAGAACAGAGUAAAAUGCCUGGUGUAUCAAAGAAAAAAAAACAUGAACGGCACAGGGAGAGGUAUUCUCCAGAAAUAAUAACAAAACGAGUGAAGUCUCGCAAACGCAAACAUAAGCACCAUAGGGAUAAUAAUACUUCAGAAUUAGAACCAACUAAUGAUUAUUUAGUUAAUGAACCACCACGACAAGGAAUUAAGCUAUUUAUAAAAUCUGUACCAAGUGCUAGUGGAGUUAAAACAACAUCUUCACAGUUACUUAUUGCAUCACCAGUAGAUGAAACACCUCAAACUUCUACAAAAACCAAACCAGAAAAGAGUGUUGCACCACUCAGAAUAACAACAACAUUGACAGAUAUUAAAUUGACUCCUAAAUGUAAUACUUGUCAAACAACUGGAACAAGCAUUACAAUGGUUCAGUGUGAUGAAUGCAGUAAAAAUUUUCAUUUUUGUUGUCUUGAUCCCCCAGUGAAAAAAUCACCAAAAGUACGAGGAUACUCGUGGCACUGUGCUGAAUGUGAUCCAACGGACAGUGACUCUUCUUAAAAAUAUUUGGAAGCACAAUCUUCUUCAUUGCUAUGUAUCAAUGAUCUUCAAUGAUUAUUUGUACUCAAAAUGGUUUUAAAAUUUUUUUUUCUAUUGUAUUUUAAAAUUAAAUUCCUCAUAAUGUGUUAAUAUUAUAUAAAUAACAUAUUAUAUCAUAUUUUUUUUUUUAAAUUUAAGAUCAUUUGAGUAUAGGUAGUACUCAUAUAUUAUUAGUGUACUACAUUAUUAUGUAAUUCAACUUUAGAUUUUCCAAAUAAAAUAAAUUAACUAAGUGUGAA